AUGGGUCAACUUCCCGGAGAACUACACCGUGCCUCAUUGCUGCACAUUCAACGACUGAUGAAGUGCAUGGGAAUUCUGCCCUAUAGUCAGAGCCUUUCCGCGAAAGUAUUUAGCAGUGUAAUCCUUUUGAUUGCAAUUGCCAUUUGUACUUACCAGCGUUUAAAUUUUGACUACGAUUUGGGAUACGAUUUUCAAAACGAUCAUUUUUCGGUCACCAUUGAUCUGACCAACUUUGCAGCCCUAAUUGCAAGUCAUGUAAUCAUUGUAUUGGAAUUAGUGUGGGGACAUGGCAGCAAGGAUGUGGAAAGGAAACUCCAGGCAAUACAUAUUCAGAUAAAUAUGUACUUGGGUGUACCGAUUAAUACAAAUAGAGUUCGACGAUAUUGCAAUGGUAUUUAUGCAUCCUUAGUCAUAAGAUGGAUUAUAUUUUUCCUCGUGACUAUCUACAAUAACCGGGCACUCACAUUCUAUGCCAUGUAUUCGGAAUUUAUAUUGCUGGCUCGAUUCUCCGAGUUUUCUUUGUACUGUGUUGUGGUUUUGUUCCUUUACCAGGAACUUAUCGUUGGAGCUUCAAAGGUUCUGGAAGAAUUGCAAAGAACUCGAUUUGAGCUGUUUUCCAUUCGUCGCUUGUCGCUGGAAAAGCUGGUUAAAUUGCAAAGAAUCCAUGGCUCAUUGUGGCAAUCUAUCCGGUGCUUGGAGCGCUAUUUCCAGCUAAGCCUUAUCACUAUGCUCAUGAAAUUAUUCCUGGAUACUUCGGCAUUGCCGUACUGGCUAUAUCUUAACAUAAUUCAGAGCCCUGAAUUACCCGUAAAAUGUUAUGUUGCUACUGAUGAGUGCAUCAAAAUCUUAGAAAUUAUAGUGCCCUGCUACAUCUGCACAAGAUGUGAUGCACUGCAGCGUAAGUUCAGGUCGAUGUUCUACACAAUCACUACAGAUCGGCGAAGUAGUCAACUAAAUACGGCUCUAAGAAGACUUAACCUACAGUUAAGUCAGGAGAGAUGUCAAUUCAGUGCAGGAGGAUUAGUGUCUAUAAACACGGAAAUGUUAGGCAAGUUUAUCUUCGGAGUAUUCAGCUAUAUUAUUAUCUGCAUACAAUUUAGCAUCAACCUGAGGUCCAGCAGCUUCAACAAACUGGUAGAAAGUUCCACACCCAGUGCCCCCAUUUAA